UCCUCUCUGACUUCCUGUCAUGGCCGUCAUGGAGAAUGUUUCGCAGCAGAUUUCGUAAAUAACUUGGCUUAUUCCGUGACAAACAUCAUAUGAAAUGGCAGCGGUCUUCUUGGUGACCUUGUACGAGUAUUCCCCAUUGUUUUACAUUAGUGUGGUUUCUUUGUGUUUCGUUGUUACCGCCGCCAUGGUGCUGGGCUGGUUUGGCUUUGAUGUCCCAGUGAUCCUUCGCAGCGCAGAUGAGACAGAGUCCCUCCUACCAACCCCUGAGAAGCAAAUGGUCCAGAUGACCAAUCCCUUCAUCCUGGAGAUGGGCUCUGGGCCGGCAUCUGUCACUGAUGGUGUGUCAGUGAGGCCCCGCUGUCUGGAGCCCUGUGUCCUGAACUGCUUCUGGGGCUGUGAGGUCAGUGCCCUGCAGGGAGCGCUGCAGGCCCACCAGCAUGGCCUGCUGCUCAGCACCUCCCAGUAUUUCCAGGAGGCCCUGCACUUCCGCUACCACCACUACCAGAGCUUCCAUAUCAGCAGUGAAGACACAGUGGAAUAUCACACACAGAUUCCUGCUGACCAGGGGAUCAGAGAUUUUGGGCCAUUGCCAAGGGAACACUACCCUCUUGUGGUUGUGCUGACGCUGGCAGAGCCGGACGCCAGAGACUCGUACAACAUUGUGGCCAGUGUGACAGUUAUUCAUGUUCCGGAUGACAAAUACAGCCUUUCUGCACGGGUUCUCUUUCAGUACCUCCUCACCUCAAAAAGAAAUAUGUACGAGUUAAAGGUAUCUCCACCUACAAGAUAACUUCGCAGAUGACGUGGACCGCUCUGACAAGCUGUGGAAACUGAGAUGAUUUCUCGACUACCUCACCACUCAGUUUCAGUCGCUCUACGAGGUGAAUGGCUUUGUGACAGUAGAUGAUAGCAUGGUGAAGUUCAAGGGAAGACUCGCCUUCCGUCAAUAUCUGCCCGUCAAACCAACAAAAUGGGGUGUGAAGGUGUGGGUCAUGGCAGAGACCUCCACUGGCUAUGUUGCCAACUUCCAAGUCUACACUGGGCGUGAGGGGACACAGGAGAAGGGUCUCACUCACCGAGUUGUCAUGGAUCUAACUACACCCUAUUAUGGGUCUCAUCUGUCAAUUUAUAUGGACAACUUCUACUCAGGGGUGGAGCUUUUCCAGGACAUGAAGAACAAGGGACUGAAUGCCUGCGGCACUGUCCGUGCAAACAGAAAGGGACUCCCAAAAAACAAAAUGCUGACCAAGCAAACAUCGCUGGGCAAACAUGAAUUCAAAGUGGCUCAGAAGGACGACCUGACUUUCUGCAUUUUGCAGGACACCAAGGCAGUCAUGGUACUGUCUAAUUACCAUGAUCCCACUGAGAAAGGGUCAGUGAAGAGAAGGAAGCAAGAGCGCAACCAAACCGAAGUUGUAGUGCCAGCAUGUGUUUCGUUGUUACUGUUAGUUAUUUAUAUUUGUUAUUUUAUCAUAAUCACUUUUUACCAUUAUUGGCUAUCAUCAGACAUCAUUAUCAUCAUUUCUUAUCGUCAUUGUCGUUGUUAUUGUACUUAUAUUUGUUAUUUUAUUCAUCAUCAGACAUUAUCAUCAUCAUCAUCACUUAUUAUAAUCGUCAUAAUAAUCAUCAUUAUCACUUUUUACCAUUAUUAUCUAUCAUCAGACAUCAUUAUCAUCAUUUCUUAUCUGCAUUGUUUUAUCUUUUUCUGUAAAGCACGUUGUAACUAAUUAUUAUUAAUCAUCAUUUAUUACCAUCAUCAUCAUCAUUAUUCUUACCUCCAGAUCAUUGCAAAUCUGUCCCUUGGCAUGGAUUUGGGUACACGUCUGAAAAAGCCACUUUUUCUGCCGCCAAUAGUCUCUUCUGGCUGGCAGCUGAAGUAUGCCCAUAGUGAUACACAGCCCAAUGAAGGUUUUCAUUUCUCUCACCGUUACCGGUGUCCAUUUGCUGCUGGAUGGAGUGUCACUCCUGCUUUGUUCUGCAUACACGUUUGUCUCCGUCACAAGUCGCAACCACAAGUCCUCCGUGAAAAUCUUGGAAAACACCUGUAAUGGCGUUGCAUCGUCAGGCAGGUUAAUCUUUACCCCUGGCUUGCGGCGAUACUCACUUUUUCGACGUGGGUGAUAGUCCUCAGUUUUCCAGUCAUCUUGAAAUCCAGCAAAGUCGCCAAAAUCCUCCUCCUCCUUGUCAUCCGCUUCAAACAUAUCUCUCACCCACUGAGCCUUGGCUAGCGGGUCAGCAUUCACAUCAUAGUCUGGGUCGUCAUAAUCUUCUAUUUCAUUGUUAUUUUCAUCCAGUUCAUUGCUGUUGUUGUCCUCUAAGAAGCUGCUGUACUCUGCCUCAGUGUCGCUUCCCUCGCUCACGUUGUCAGCCAUUGUCACCGCCACUGCACACCUUUAAAAACUUUCUAUCCAUAACUUUUCCACAUGAAGGCUAAGAGGCUAAAAGAAUAACAUAUCCCAUAGUGCAUUUUGCCUCCCACACAUGUAUUUCAGCGAAUCACAAUGCAUUUCAUCCGUCAUGUGUCUAAAAACGACAACGUCACCUAAAACACACACACGUCACAUCCGGUCUUAAAGGUAGAAGUACGCAAAUGCUGCACCCGGUCUUAAAGGUAUAUACACAUAAAUGCUGCAUCCAGUCUAAAUGGGUUAAUGUCUCACCCGUGUUUCUCAAUGCUGUGAUAGUGUCACACUCUGGCCACUUGACUUUUGAAGUGAAGUCAGUUCAGUAUACAGGCUUAUUACCCUGGGUUUCCCCUUUCCAGCAUAAUAGUCUCUCAAAUUUGUAGCACUUUUUGGCCAAUUUCCACUGCAUCUCUCAUUAUGAGUGACAAACUUUUAUCAUCCAGAAACUGAAUUAAUUCUGCAUAUGCUUCGGCAUUUUGCUCAAUUAAAAUGGUGUGCUUUAGCCCUUGCAACCGAAGAUGGCCCAAAAACUUCGUUUCCUACAGUUCAUAGUUCUUUUCAUCUCCAUAAAAUCAAUCAAUCAAUCAAUCAAUUUUAUUUAUAAAGCCCAAGAUCACAAAUCACAAUUUGCCUCACAGGGCUUUACAGCAUACAACAUCCCUCUGUCCUUUGGACCCUCACAGCGGAUAAGGAAAAACUCCCCAAAAAAACCCCUUUAACGGGGGAAAAAAAACGGUAGAAACCUCAGGAAUAGCAACUGAGGAGGGAUCCCUCUUCCAGGACGGACAGACGUGCAAUAGAUGUCGUACAGAACAGAUCAACAUAAUAAAUUAACAGUAAUCCGUAUGACACAAUGAGAGAGAGAGAGAGAGAGAGAGAGAGAGAGAUGCAGGACAGAUGGUAACGACAGUAGCUUACAACAACAUUAAUGAAAGUAAUAAUAUUAUCGUUAUAGUUCUGGCUACUGUGGUACAAUAUGUUGAAAGUAUAUAUUAGUAUCUGGCAGUAUACAUGUGUGAUAAUAAUCAUAUGUGUAUAGUAACAGUAGAAGUAUGACUAAUGACUAAUGAUGGCAGCAGCAGGAGGCAUCUAGCAGGACCACGGCAGCAGCACAACCACACAUGUCACGCUAUCUAGGCACCGCUGCAAUAUGAGUUAACCUGAGAGAUAGUGGAGCACAAAGGCUCCAGAGAAGAAGCCGAGUUACUGACAUCCAGAAUGGCCGAGUUAGCAAGAUGCAGUAAUAGGAUACGAGAGAGAGAGAGAGAAGGAGAGAAGGUGCCUGGUGUAUUAUAGGGGGGUCCUCCGGCAGACUAGGCCUAAGUCAGCCUAACUAGGAGCUGGUACAGGGCAAGCCUAAGCCGGCCCUAACUAUAAGCUUUAUCAAAUACUAGCCGUGACCAUCAGCCACUUGACUCAGAAACCCGUCUUUGCAUGGCGCUAGCUUAGCAUGCUAAUUUACCGGACACGCUAUACAUCGCGACUUUUCUCUUGGUGGUGGAUCGCUGGAAAAUCUCUCCAGUUAACUCUGGGCCCAUAACCUGUUAGCAGAGAUGAUUUGCUCAAUGAUCCUCACGUGCGUACCUAGUGCUAGACCGAACAUAAAUUGCGGAGGAAUAAAUACACAGUGGGGCAUCAGUCCUACUGCGACUGGAACUCACUCCUUCUGUGGAGGAAGUUUUUAUUUAUGCAUAUGCUCAUCUGACACACAUCACUUGUCAAUUUCAGCACACCUUAUUGGCCAUUACUGUUCACCAAAUAACAUCCACUAUAACCUCUGUAGAACGUCAUAUGACAGCAAACAUAAAGAUUUACUGUAACAUAAUCAGGGUUUUCCCUGGCUCAGAAAGGGGCUUUGGUGGUGAUGUCUGUGGCGCGUGCUUCGCAUUUGCAUAGUGCAAAUGUAUUAAGCGAUGCCAUAUCUUCUCUAUUAGACGAGAAAGGUCCAAAUAAUACAAUACAUUAGGGCUGGGCGAUAUGACCAAAAUCUCAUAUCCCGAUAUAGGUAAUUUCAUAUCCCGAUAACAAUACAUAUCACGUAUAGCACAUUUUAAUCCAAUGAAUAUAAAGUUGUGCAGCACAGCAGAGACAGACAGCGAUGGAGUUAUAUAAACUCGUUAUGUUACUGUAGUAGCACCUCAGGACCGAAACAUGAUCUCGCUUGUCACCAGGCUGGCAGUGAAUGCACUAGCACCUGUGUUCUGAGCUGACGCUUAGCUUGGGGCUCAACACGUUACUUUGAUCUUUGAAGAAUCAAAUAACUCAAUUAUUAUUGGUCUAACGUCGCGUCACCAGGCUCUCGUUAUUGGUCUGAACCAUGGUGAUUGAACUAUAAGUGGUUGCACUGAGAUUUGAAUUUUUUUUUUUUUUUUUUCCCCUUCCUUCCCCACUCCCACACCCCUCUUUGGCAGAGGGGAUUUUCCAUUAGCAGAGGGCUAAAACAGCUUUGGCAGCCAUCAAAAUAUUUUCUAUGCAGGGAAAACCCUGAGUAUGUGAGAGUACAUUUUCCAUGUAUGUUAACAGUAAAUGUUAGUGUGUUCUGUCCACCUGCCACUGUGCCUGGUUGAUUCCAAAAUCUAUCAAAUCAAAUGUAGCAGCUACUUCCUUAUUUUACCUGCGUUUGGCUGGUGGCUGGUACUCAUAACCCUGGUCAUUAAUAAGGUCCAGAUCUCCUACAGCCCUUUUCCACAAGGCAGAUGACCAAACUGUCCAUCGUAGGAGUCUGCCUGAUGAUCUGAUCUGAAAAGAAAUCUCCUUAACAGCUUAAAUUUGGCUCUUUCACAAUGCUUCUUUAGCUGAUUUUAUUUUCUGAGUGCAUAUGAGAUGAAGAUUUAAAUAUUACUUUUAUUACAGUGAUUUUGGAGGCUGAACAAGAAGAACUCUCUCUGCUUGUUUCAUCUCGUGCUGCUAUGGUGUUUGUUAGUCUGUCAGCAUUCACUACAGACUUGCACUGUGUCGGAAGUGUUAUGGAAAAGUUGCUAAAUACAACCUUCAAGAUUUCCAUUGUGAUUUUUACAUAAAUGUGACAAGGCUGCCUUUUCAGACAUAAGAUUAACAUGUUAAACUAGAAAUGCAUUUCAGGCAGAAAAUGCAGUAUGAAUGCUGACAGUUGAAAUGCCUUUCAAAGCAUUACCAGUGUUUCCUCUAGGAUUUUUUUCAGCAGCGGGGGUGGAUGUGAAAUACUAAAGUGUUUGAUUCUGAUAAACCGCAUGUUUGAAUGUUGUUUCUGUGUUGGACUGUCUCUGUCUCUGUCUUUCUUUUUCUCUUUCUGUCUCUCUCUCUCUGAAACAUUGAUAUUGAUAUUAUAAGUUAUCUUCAGCUAAUAAAAUCUACCUUUUUCUUUUCUCUGGUUCGCUGCCCUAUUCUUCAAGACGACAGACUCUGACCUGGUGCUCCAGUGAUGAUGUCACUUUCAAGAUCCCGUGAAUUACGUUAUUUCCAGUAGGAGUAGGGAUGCACCGAAAUGAAAAUUUGUGGCCGAAGCCAAAUAAUAUUAAACGCUUGGCCGAAUACUGAGUACCGAAUACCGAAUGCCAUUUUUUAGUUUUUCAUUAAUUUUUGCAGAUGAACCCCCUCCAGAUUAGUGUUGUCACGGUACCAAAAUUGGGACCCAUGGUACGAUACAAGUGAAAGUAUCACGGUUUUGAGUAGUAUCAGGAUACCACAGCAAAAAUGAGGCAGAUGUGCCUUUUGUCAUUUAUAAAAAGAUAAAUCACUUUUCUAUAAUACAUCAAUGAUAUUUCAAUGGAAUAAAUUACUUAUUGACUUAUUCAUCUUUCAAAAACAGCAUCAAUAAGUGAUUAACAUAGGGGGAUCAAAAUAAAAUAAAUAAAUGAAAUAAAAAUCAACCAGCCACCCUCCUCCCCUGACAUGUCCCUUCAUAAGUAGAGCAUGAGGGGGUGGCGGAGGGAAGCGGUGAGCAUGCCGCUGCUAAAUGAAUGUAGCGAAAACACUGAUUACUGAAAAUCAGAAAUAUGAAAUAAAUUGCUUGAAAAAUCUUAAAGCCCAAAUGCACUGCUUUUAUGUAACAGAAUGCAUGUAGGCUGUGACAUAGAUGGUGGUGUCCUGGAACUUGCUCUAGACUCUGAUUAGACAUGCAUCGUAGUUUGUUUGUUUGGUUGCUCCUCCCACACAUGGGCACCACUGCUCUGCAGCUGCCUCUGAACGGUGUACAGCAGUGACCCAGAGUGAUUUUUUUCCUUGUGGUGCAGAGCGAGCAGGAACAGAACAGUACCUCACAUUCCCACUGACAGUCAAUCAAUCAAUCAAUCAAUUUUAUUUAUAAAGCCCAAUAUCACAAAUCACAAUUUGCCUCACAGGGCUUUACAGCAUACGACAUCCCUCUGUCCUUAAGACUCUCACAGCGGAUAAGGAAAAACUCCCCAAAAAAACCCCUUUAACGGGGGAAAAAAAACGGUAGAAACCUCAGGAAGAGCAACUGAGGAGGGAUCCCUCUUCCAGGACGGACAGACGUGCAAUAGAUGUCGUACAGAACAGAUCAACAUGAUAAAUUAACAGUAAUCCAUAUGACACAGGGAGAGAGAGAGAGAGAGAGAGCGAGAGAGAGAGAGCGAGAGAGAGAGAUGCAGGUAAUGACAGUAUCUUACAACAACAUUAAUGAAAGUAAUAAUAUUAUAGUUAUAUUUCUGGUUACUGUGGUACAAUAUGUUGAAAGUAUGUAUUAAUACCUGGCAGUAUACAUGUGUGACAAUAGUCAUAUGUGUAUAAUAACAGAAGAAGUAUGACUAAUGACUAAUGAUGGCAGCAGCAGCAGGAGGCAUCUGGCAGGACCACGGCAGCAGCACAACCACACACGUCACGCUGUCCAGGCACCGCUGUGAUAUGAGUUAAUCUGAGAGACAGUGGAGCACAAAGGCUCCGGAGAAGAAGCCGAGUUAGUGACAUCCAGAAUGGCCGGGUUAGCUAGAUGCAGUAAUAGGAUACGAGAGAGAGAGAGAAGGAGAGAAGGGGCCUGGUGUAUUAUAGAGGGGUCCUCCGGCAGACUAGGCCUAAGUCAGCCUAACUAAGGGCUGGUACAGGGCAAGCCUGAGCCAGCCCUAACUAUAAGCUUUAUCAAAGAGGAAAGUCUUAAGUCUAGUCUUAAAUGUGGAGACGGUGUCUGCCUCCCGGACCGUAACAGGAAGAUGAUUCCACAGGAGAGGAGCCUGAUAGCUAAAGGCUCUGGCUCCUGAUCUACUUUUGGAGACUUUAGGGACCACGAGUAACCCUGCGUUCUCAGAGCACAGUGUUCUGGUGGGAUAAUAAGGCACUAUGAGCUCUCUAAGAUAUGACGGAGCUUGACCAUUUAGAGCUUUAUAAGUUAACAGUAGGAUUUUAAAUUCAAUUCUGGAUUUUACAGGGAGCCAGUGCAGAGAAGCUAAAACAGGAGAGAUAUGAUCGCGUUUCUUAGUUCCUGUUAGUACACGUGCUGCUGCAUUCUGAAUUAGCUGGAGAGUUUUUAAGGACUUACUAGAGCUACCUGAUAAUAGAGAGUUACAAUAAUCCAGCCUUGAGGUAACAAAAGCGUGGACCAAUUUUUCUGCAUCUUUUCGGGUCAGGAUAGGCCUAAUUUUCGCAAUAUUACGCAGAUGAAAAAAUGCAGUCCGUGAGGUUUGCUUUAGUCCAGUCCUUAUUCACCAAAAAAGCACAUACCUCCUCCCCUUCUCUCACUUAUACCACUAGAGCGUUACCACUUAAAAUACCUCAGCUAAUUAAGUCCAUGUGCUACUUUAUAAGCACGGUUGUUUUGUCAAAGCAAGCAACUAAGGUGCCUCAGAGUCCUGCACAGCCCGUACCCAUAAAGCUCAGUACCAGAACCGACCUGCUACCCGCUUUAUGUCAAAGCCACAUCGGCCCACACCUGUGAUUAAACACACACAGGCUACAGUCACUCACAUUAAACUGAGCUCUCCAUUCUUGAAUUACAAAUCUGGCAGAGGAAGUUCCUCUUUCACUGGCUGUGCUAGAUGCCGGCAUGUUGAAAACCAGUGUUUCCCCUAACAUUAUAUCAGGUCCCCUCCGCUCCCAGCAGAGUCUGCGGCCCCCCUUGAAGGUCAAAUUAAUUUUAUUUAAUUUUAUUGUCUUUAUGGCGCCAGAUCACAACAGAAGUCAUUUAAGGAUACCUUUCCUAUAGAACAGGUCUAUACCUUGUCCUUUUAUUAAACAAACUAAAUAGCCUUGUGUUAUAUUAUUUACAUGAUGGCAUGUUAUUUCUGUCUCUACAUGGUCACGCAUUUACAAUUCUUCUCUGCUCUCUGUAUAGCGCAUGGCAGGGUUCUGCCCCGAUGCGCACACGGGGUCCAAACCCAACCCGAACCCCGACGCAGUUUGUUACCUGACAUAGUUAUUGUUGUGGACAGUGUGUAAAUGACCAUCAAAAGACUGCUUUUACGCACAGUCAAACACAGCGGUUGCACAGCGGCACUGUACACGCACUCAAUUGGAGUGGAGCCUGCGUUCAGGCGUUGUCACGUAAAUAACAAAUUUCAGCACUUGAAUAGGCUAUAGCACAACACAGUAGCAUGUCAAGUGGGCCGAACCUGAACCUAA